AUGGUCGCCCGAGGCCGGCCGGCCUCAUGUGGCCACAUCGCAGCCCCCUCCCUUUAUAUCCUCGCCCCUGCCCCCGCCGUGUCUUUCUUCCUCCACAAGAAGAAAAGAAACGCCACCAAAUCCAAUCUCGAGCCCCCCUCUCCCGUCCGCCCGUCCCAACCCGAUCCGAUCCCCUCCUCCGUCGCCAUGGGCCGCAAGUUCUUCGUCGGCGGCAACUGGAAAUGCAAUGGAACUGUCGAACAGGUAGAGAGUAUCGUCAAUACUCUGAACGCUGGACAGAUCGCCUCUACGGAUGUUGUCGAGGUUGUUGUCAGCCCACCCUAUGUCUUCCUUCCCACCGUCAAGGCUAAGCUGCGCCCAGAGAUCCAAGUUGCUGCUCAGAACUGCUGGGUGAAGAAGGGCGGUGCUUUCACCGGUGAAGUCAGUGCUGAGAUGCUUGUCAACCUCGGCGUUCCCUGGGUCAUUCUUGGACACUCUGAAAGGAGGAGCUUGAUGGGAGAAUCAAGUGAGUUUGUUGGAGAGAAGGUUGCAUAUGCACUCGCUCAGGGCUUGAAGGUCAUUGCAUGUGUUGGUGAGACUCUUGAGCAGCGAGAAGCUGGAUCAACCAUGGAAGUUGUCGCUGAACAGACAAAAGCAAUUACUGGCAAGAUCAAGGACUGGACUAACGUGGUCGUCGCGUAUGAACCAGUGUGGGCCAUUGGCACUGGUAAAGUUGCGACACCGGCUCAGGCGCAGGAAGUCCAUGCCAAUCUGAGGGACUGGCUCAAGACCAAUGUGAGCCCUGAGGUUGCUGCAUCCACACGGAUCAUCUAUGGAGGAUCUGUAACUGGCGCAAGCUGCAAGGAGUUGGCCGGGCAGCCCGACGUCGAUGGUUUCCUCGUUGGUGGAGCUUCUUUGAAGCCUGAGUUCAUCGACAUCAUCAACGCCGCCACCGUGAAGUCUGCCUAA